CCGGCGGGGGAGGCUGAGGCGCGUUCUCCGUGGGAGCCGAGCAGGCAGGGAGCGACGCGCCGCUGGCUCGCUACCAUGGAUGCGCUUGCAGAAGCCAACGGCUCCUUUGCCUUUGACCUCCUGAAAAAGCUGGGUGAAGGCAACUCGAAAAAUGUGUUUUUCUCACCCAUGAGCAUCUCCUCUGCCCUGGCCAUGGUCUUCCUGGGGGCCAAGGGGAACACCGCGGCCCAGAUGUCGCAGGCUCUCUCUUUCCACCGGAGCCGCGGAGGCAGUGGGGAUGUCCACCAGGGCUUCCAGUCGCUUCUCAGCGAAGUGAACAAGACCGGCACACAGUACUUGCUCAGGACGGCCAAUAGGCUGUUUGGAGAGAAGACCUUUAAUUUCCUCUCACCCUUCAAGGACGACUGCCACAAAUUCUACCAGGCAGAGCUGGAGGAGAUGGACUUUGUCAACGCUGGGGAGGCGUCCCGGAAGCGCAUCAACUCCUGGGUGGCUGAGAAGACGGAAGAUAAAAUUAAAGAUUUGCUGCCUCCAGAUUCGGUGAAUGCGAUGACAUCUCUGGUGCUUGUGAACGCCAUCUACUUCAAAGGCAACUGGGAUAAAAAGUUUGACAAGCAGCACACACACGAGGCUCCCUUUUAUGUCAGUCAGAACGAGAAGAAAACUGUGCAGAUGAUGUUUAGGAAAUCUAAGUAUAAAAUAACCUACAUAGGAGACAUCUUUACCCAGAUCCUGAUGCUGCCCUACGCUGGCCAGGAGCUGAACAUGAUCAUCAUGCUCCCAGAAAGAGGCAGAGACUUGAGAAUGGUGGAAAAAGAACUCACUUACGAGAAGUUCUUGGAGUGGACGAACCCUGACAUGAUGGACGAGGAGGAGGUGGAGCUGUCCCUGCCGCGCUUCAAGCUGGAGGAGAACUACGACAUGAAGGCCGUGCUGCGCAGCCUGGGCAUGAGCGAUGCCUUCGACGAGGCCAGGGCUGAUUUCUCCGGAAUGUCGGCCGGGGACCGGCUGACGCUGUCCAAGGUCGCGCACAAGGCCUUUGUGGAGGUCAACGAGGAGGGCACCGAGGCGGCCGCGGCUACCGCCGCCAUCAUGAUGUUCAAGUGCGCGAUGAUCACCCCCAAGUUCUGUGCCGACCACCCCUUCCUCUUCUUCAUCCAGCACAGCAAGACCAAGGGCAUCCUGUUCUGCGGCCGAUUCGCCUCCCCGUAGGGAGGUACCGCCGGCUGCCAUCUUCCUGCCUACCCACUGCCCCCCAGCCACAACCCUCCCAACACUUCCCAAAGUGCCUGCCACCCAAAGUCGCCUUCAGUGACGAUCCAGGAAUAAAUCCUGUUCU